AUGAGUACUAAUACACUUAUUAAUGAAAAUUUAUCUGUUAAUAAUACAACAUCCACGACAUCAUUAAAUAAUGAUGGUCCUAUAGCACAUCUUGAUCAUAUGUUAAGUACACUUCAUGAUGAACAACAAACAACACGAAUACCAUCCAAUGUAUCCAUUGAUACAUAUGAUAAUAAAUCACAUCGAAUAAAUCAUCGUGCAACAUCACGAACAGAUGGAAAAAUUGUCGAAUGUUCAUCAGAAAAUGCAAUUGUUUAUCGAUAUUAUACAGGAGAAUCAGGUUCAAUUAUUGAAGAACAUUUUGAUAAGGCACUUAAACAACCAACAUCAUUUAAUUCAACAAGAUCAAUUUCAACACGAGAUCCUCGAACAUCAUCUUAUGGAUAUUCAAGCAUGAUGAAUCCAUCAAGUAGUUUUUGGCCUAAUUUUAUGACAUCGCCAACUUCAUAUCCACAUCCAACUUAUCUUCCGACAUCACAAAAUGAAUAUACUGAUUGGAUGCAUCAUCAUCAUGCAUAUCGUUCACCUUAUUCAGCAAAUUCAACAACAACAACAUCAUCGUCAUCAUCAUCAGCUAUUUCAAGCAAUCAUUUACAUUCAAUUGGAUCACCAAAUAAUACAAAUCUUAAUAAUAAUGCAGGACGCUAUCAUCAUCAUACGUCACCUGAUAUGGAUGUUGUUACAGCAGCAGCUAUCGGAGCUGCAGCCGCUGCACAAAUGUUUCAUCAUGAAAAACAAUCUCACCAUGGUUAUACACCAACAUCUCAUCAUUUUGAUUAUCAUCUUGGUGGAUCGAUGAUGGCAACAGCAUCAUAUCCGUUUCCUACUCAAAGUUUUGAUUUAAUGGGUACAAGUACAUCAACAAUGGGUUUAGAAAAUCCAAAUAUUAAAGAUUCAACAACAACGACACCUUGGUAUUCAAAUCAUCAUUUGUCAUGUUGA